AUGGAAGCUCCAUAUUCCACUCCAAAAUCUCGACCGAAACCAUCAGCACCUCCAGCGAAACAUGCUGUUCUUCCAGACGGAGAAAUAAUUGAAGAACAAAUUGCUGAUGAUGAAAUCAUUAUGAAUUCAAACGAUUUUAGAGAUUCCGAUGAGGAAAUUUUCGAAGAAGACGGCCAAUCAUCUUCAUCAAAACUUCCAGAUCGAUAUCUGAAACCAUUCGGUCUGGAUCCCUACGAAGUUGGCAAGCAGGCGUUGGAAUGCCCAGUUGAAUCAAAAUCGACUUUCCAAAAUAAUCUCUUCAAGGCGGCAAUUCCCAAUCUGACUUUCAACUAUGAUUCGGUUGAUUUUAUCAUUAAAAAUGCUUCAACUGAAGAAGCGAGACUAAAUGCGACAGCCAUUCGGGGACUUAUGGAGAUUAUGGAAGUGCAGAAUCAAAAGUUAACGGCGAAGAAGAACGACGAGCGUAUUACACAAAUCAUGGCAACACUAGAUCCUGCCUCGUUUCUUCAGCAGAGCCAUAUGCUCAUUGCUGGCAUAGACGAUAAUGCAGUCAUCGACGUCAACAACAUUCUCGCCGAAAUGAGCCCACAAUCUGGCUCUCUAAAAACCAUCAUUCAGAAUACAGCAAAUCAUUGGAUUCGACAGGUGAUCCCUGCUGAACAAGUGGUCAGUUUCUCUACAAGCGAAAAACCAAAGGAGCCGCAAACAACACUACCAAGCCGAUUCUUGAAUGCUCCAGUCCGUCUGCUCAACAACUCACUCGUUUUCCCAGGAGGUCAAGACCCGUCGAUACAACUAGAAGUUGCUGUGUAUUUCAAGCUGCAUGUCACUAACAUGCUGAACCACGCACGUUCAGCAGCUCGUUCGGCGCGUCGAAAGUGA